AUGGAAGAGCCCCAGGAAGGCCGUGCGGGCGGCGAUCGCUGCUUUCGCUUUCCCUUCCCCGUGCCCACUCAUCGGUUCUCGUGCAGCGCUCGGCCCCACGCCCCGGCCAUGGCCACGCUCAGGGUCCAGCCUGAAGCCCAAGCCAAGGUGGAUGUGUUUCGUGAAGACCUGUGUACCAAGACAGAGAACCUGCUUGGGAGCUAUUUCCCCAAGAAGAUUUCGGAGUUGGAUACCUUUUUAAAGGAGCCAGCUCUCAAUGAAGCCAACUUGAGCAAUCUGAAGGCCCCCUUGGACAUCCCAGUGCCUGAUCCAGUCAAGGAGAAAGAGAAGGAGGAGCGAAAGAAACAGCAGGAGAAGGAAGACAAGGAUGAAAAGAAGAAAGGGGAAGAUGAAGACAAAGGUCCUCCCUGUGGCCCAGUGAAUUGCAACGAGAAGAUCGUGGUCCUCCUGCAGCGCCUGAAGCCUGAGAUCAAGGAUGUCAUUGAGCAACUCAACCUGGUCACCACCUGGUUGCAGCUGCAGAUACCUCGGAUUGAGGAUGGGAACAAUUUUGGAGUGGCUGUCCAGGAGAAGGUGUUUGAGCUAAUGACCAGCCUUCACACCAAGCUGGAAGGCUUCCACACCCAAAUCUCUAAGUAUUUCUCUGAGCGUGGUGAUGCAGUGACGAAAGCAGCCAAGCAGCCCCAUGUGGGUGAUUAUCGGCAACUGGUGCAUGAGCUGGAUGAGGCAGAGUACCGGGACAUCCGGCUGAUGGUUAUGGAGAUCCGCAAUGCUUAUGCUGUGUUAUAUGACAUCAUCCUGAAGAACUUUGAGAAGCUCAAGAAGCCCAGGGGAGAAACAAAGGGAAUGAUCUAUUGAGAGCCUCCUCUCUCAUUCUGUGAUGGGUACAGCAGAGGCCUUCCUGCUUUUUACUGGGGACUCCAGACUCUCCCCUGCCUUCCUCCUGUUGAGGUUUCUCUGUCACCUUGCCUCUUGGGCACAAUAAAUGUAGUCAUACUGUUA